ACGAGAAAGAGAAGAGGAGAAGAAAUUAGAAUGGAAAUAAAGAAUGAAGAGGGAGAAGAAGAGGAUGACGAAGUCAAUAGGCUGACCGCGGAGGUGGCAAAGGUGAAGGACUAUAGGCAAGAAGUGGGGGCACAGGCAGACAUUUCUGCCAAAAUGUACGAAGUGUUAGAGUACUUGGAGGUGUUGAGUGCGGCUUGGAUGGAGGAACGCCAAGCCAGUUGGAGCCAAGAAGUAGCCCAGAGUGCCAUGCGGUCGGGGUUUAGGGACUUUGCGAGCGAUAUGGUUACCCACGUUGGGGGAGAAGUUACGAGGUUGAGAGACAACGUGGGGAAGUUUUGUGAGGGCACUAUCGAGGGCGCCAAAGCAAUAGCCGCUGUAGAGGGCGAGGCCAGAUCCGGCAAGGAUCCAGUCAAGCUUAAGUUUCCAGAUGCGUAUGGGGGAAAGAAGGAGGAGAACUUUGACAACUGGGAGGCCAGUAUCAAUAGUUACGUGUAUCUACAGCACAUCCUGUUAGAGGAACAAGUCCUCGUGGCCUUCCAGGCCUUUAAGGAUGAGGCGGCUAGUUUUGCCAGGUCCCUUGCGCACGCAGCCGGUUGUGAAAACAACCUGGUUGCCUACUCUAAAGUCUUGGAGAAGCUUAGAGAGGCUAACUUCAAGAUCAACGCAAAGAAGUGUGAGUGGGCCAAGAGGCAAGUCUUGUACUUGGGCCACAUGUUAAACGGAGAUGGCAUUAAACUAGAGGACAGUAAGAUAGCAACAAUUAAAGAUUGGUCGAUGCCCUGCACAUUGACAGAGUUGCGGUCGUUCUUAGGCCUAGCCAAUUACUACAGGAAGUUCAUGAGGAACUUCUCCACUCUCGCCGCUCCCUUGCGCAGAUUGCUUAAGAAAGAGGCAAUUUGGCAAUGGGACAAAGAUUGUACGUCUACGCUAAAGAGAUUGAAGCGCGCGUUAAUAGAAUACCCUGUCCUCAAGGUAGCUGAUCCGUCCUUGCCAUUUGCCGUCACCACGGACGCGAGUCAAUAUGGUAUAGGUGCCGUGUUGCAGCAAGACGACGGCAAUGGCUAUAGACCCGUAAAGUUCAUGUCCGCGAGGAUGCCCUCAAAGAAGGUCGCGACCUCCACGUACGAGAGGGAACUCUACGCUCUCAGGCAAGCUCUAGAGCACUGGAAGCAUUACCUGCUUGGUAGGCACUUCAAAGUGUACUCGGACCACGAAACGCUUAGAUGGUUAAAGACCCAUGCCAAAAUGACAACUAAGUUGACUAGGUGGGCCGCUGAAAUAGAUCAGUAUGACUUUGAGCUCAAACCGGUUGAAGGCAAGUACAAUGCAGAUGCGGAUGCUCUGAGUAGGAGGUCAGACUACUUUGGAGCCAUAGUUCACUAUCUGGAUAUAUGGAGAGACCUACAAGAGAAAGUUAGGAAGGCAUAUGCGGAGGACCCUAUCUAUAGUGACCUCCUCAAGAGAGUCAAAGAGGCCCCAUAGAGUUAACCAGAUUACCGCACUACAGAAGGUCUACUAUUCGAGAAGACUAAUGUAUUCGACCGCCUGGUGCGUUCCCAACAGCGAAGAGAUUCGUAGUUUGAUUCUAGGGGAAUGCCACAAUACUGAGGGACAUUUUGGUUGGCAGAAGACCUUAGCCAAUCUGAUCCGUGCGUAUACUUGGCCAGGAAUGAAAGCUGACUGCAUAG